AUGCCUUGCAUAGACGAUUUACCCGAGGACGAAGUUUCUGCGAAAUUAGGGAAGCCAGAAAUUGGCUAUGUCCAAAGGAGCGAUGGAAAAGCACUAGGCCCAGGUGUACCGGAAUAUAUUGUUAGACCUGCUGUAUAUUGGCCAAAACCUUUCCCAUCGCUCCCCAGUAUCAAGAUUGUCGAUUUCGGGGAAUCAUUUUUUCAGAGCUCUCCUCCACAGACCCUUCACACUCCGCUACCAGUUCGGGCACCUGAAAUAAUAUUUAGAGAUCAUCUAGAUCAUCGUGUGGAUUUAUGGAGCUUAGGCUGUAUGCUUUUUGAACUUUUCGUGGGUCAACCGCCAUUUGACAGUUUUUUGAUAACACCAAAAAUUCUUGUUGGUCAAAUGCAAGAUAUGGCAAGCGAUACGAUCCCCGAGAGAUGGAGAGACUCGACGGAUAUUUUUGACGGUGAAUUUACCGCAGAACCUUCGGGAUCCACGUUACAAGAAUGGCUGGAAGAAAUGUAUUUUGACGGCGAACGCAAAGAAGAUCUGACUAAGGAAGACAUUGUUAAUUUAGGGCAAAUUAUUGGAAGGUUGCUUCGGUUUGAGCCUUCUUCUAGAGCCUCGGUCAAGGACAUUUUGAAUGAUCCUUGGUUUGAGCAAUAA